AUAAGUUAAAGGUGAUAAAAAAGUGAAGUAAAUAAGUCUAAUUGAGCAGUGAAUUUGAGAAUUAUCUUAAAGAUUUCCCAUGGGACAUCCCUCUUAUCAUAGAACUCUUGGUCGCAACCUUGUUGUGAUAACACCAUUUACAUAUGCUUGUGUUUUGUUGUUUGCGGCUUUUUAGCGAUAAUUAAUACCAAUACAUAUGCGCAUCGAGUGCUGAUUAACCUCUACGGUUUGGAGAGGGUCAGAUAAAAACGCAGUGCAAUUGGUAUUCGCACUCAUUUCCAGCUGCAGCCUGAUCCAAGAUGGUCAAAGUCACAGAGGAUGUAUUUGCCACCGGAGCAGUGAACCCGUUUACCAAAUCGAAGGACUCCAUCAAACGGUUCACCUUGACAAAUGGGAAUGGAAUGUCCGUCCAGUUGAUCACCCGUGGAGCCACCAUAACCAGCAUAAAGACUCCGGAUGCCAGCGGUAAAAUAGAUGACGUGACUCUGGGAUUUGAUGACCUGGCGGGCUAUCAGAGUGACAGGAAUCCCUACUUUGGAGCCACCAUUGGUCGGGUAUGCAACCGGAUCGCGAAUGGCAGUUUCCAACUCGACGGAAAGGUGGUGCAGGUGUCCAAGAAUCGGGACAACAAGUUCCAGCUGCAUGGCGGUUUUGUGGGUUUCGAUAAGGCCCACUGGGAAGUGGUGGCAGUGCGUCCGGAUGGCGUUGUCCUAUCCCACACCAAUCCCGACGGUCACGAGGGCUAUCCCGGCAAGGUCACAGCCACUGCGAGCUUUGCUCUCAGCGAGGACAACUGCCUGCAUGUCCAGAUGAGUGCAGUGACGGAUAAACCCACGCCCGUGAAUCUCACCAAUCACUCGUACUUCAACCUGGCUGGCCAUAAAGCUGGAGCCAAUGGUCUCUACGAGCACACCAUCGAGAUCAAUGCCUAUGGGAUCACCGAAACGGACAAGUCCUCCAUUCCCACUGGAAAGAUCACACCCGUGGAAGGAACAGCCUUUGACCUCCGAGUGUCCAGCAACCUGGGAGAGCGUCUCAAGCAGUUGCAACCAGACCGGGGCUACGAUGACAACUUUUGCGUCACCUUUGACCCACCGCAGCCAAUGGCCAAGGUGGCCAGAGCCACUCAUCCGCCCAGCGGACGAUGGCUGGAGGUGGUCAGCAAUCAGCCCGGGGUGCAGUUCUACACCUCAAACUUUAUGCCGGACGUUGAGCGAGGUGAAGCGGCCAUUCCCGGCAAGGAUGGAGCUGCCUACGCCAAGCAUGGAGCCUUCUGCCUAGAGACACAGAAGUUUCCCGACUCCGUGAACCACAACAACUUUCCCUCGACCAUUUUGCGACCGGGCGAAAGCUACAAUCAUGAAGUAAUCUACAAGUUCGGUGUUUCUCACUGAGAGUCGCGAACACCUUAUCUAACCUACAUAUAUAUACGAAUAAAUACCAUGUAUCCGACUAACCAAGCAAACCGUAAAUAUUAUAACCAAUAAACCGAAAGCACGGAGAUUA